GGGGUGUCGGGCUGAUAGGCUCGCCCGGAGGAAAGCGCAUUACGUAGGCAAGCGGCUCCGCUCAACUUGCCACCUGCGCCGGGAGAGCUGCCGGGGAACCGAGAUCCUGCCGGAGCCCCUCGCCCGCCGCUGGCCGCCCACCCGUCCUCCGCCAUGGACUGCUGCAAUGAGGGAGCCUGCACGAAGCUGGACGAGGACAUCCUGGACAUCCCUUUGGACGAUCCCGAUGCCAACGCGGCGGCCGCCAAGAUCCAGGCUAGUUUCCGUGGCCAUAUGACCCGCAAGAAGAUCAAAGGGGGCGAAAUCGAUCGGAAAACCAAGGACGCCGAGUGCGCCAACAGCACCCGCGGCGGCGACCUCCGCAACGGCGACUAGGGGCCACCAGCCGCUCCCCGGACCCCCUGGCCACCAGCCCCCCGCCGCCACCCGCCGAGGCCCAGGAGCCCCGCUUUGCCCCAUCGCCCCCGCAUGCGACCCCGGAGCCCCGCAGCAGCCGGGCCCUGCCCCCACCCCGGCUGCCCCGCCCCACCCGGAGACCCCCCAGCCCAAUAAACGCCCCUGCCAGAGCCCCGGGCUGUCCGUGAUCCGCUCAAUGUCCCCGGCAGAGGGGUGAGGUCACCGCGGGCACAGCUGGGAGGGGCACGGGCCGGGUGGUGCCCAGCAGUGAUGUCACAGGUGCGUGUGUGACAUCGUGCGGGCACGUGUAACAUCACUGCCAGGCGUGUGACGGCACGUGUGACAUCACACAGCUGCACGGCUGUGGUGUGACAUCACUGGGGGGUGGGAGAAGACUCGUGGGGUGCUCCCGCCCCAAGGUGGGUGGUGAUGUCACUGCCAGAUGUGUGACACCAUACAGGGGUGAGUGAUGUCACUGUGGGAUGUGUGACACCAUAGAAGUGUGUGUGACAUCACUGUGGGAUGUGUGACACCAUAGAGGUGUGUGUGAUGUCACUGUGGGAUGUGUGACACCAUACAGGGGUGAGUGAUGUCACUGUGGGAUGUGUGACACCAUAGAAGUGUGUGUGACAUCACUGUGGGAUGUGUGACACCAUAGAGGUGUGUGUGAUGUCACUGUGGGAUGUGUGACACUCUACAGGGGUGUGUCACGUCACUGCUGGCUGUCUGAUGAUCGGUGUGACAUCACUCAGGCCUGUCCAUCGCUGAUGGACAUGUGACAUGUCUGUAUGGCAUCAAACAGGCCUGACUGGAAGCUGUGAUGUCACACAGCUGUGGUGACAUCACGGUGACAGGUCACAGGGUGUGAAAACACACGUGCACCACGGUGUCACCUCACCCCAAGGACCUUGGCCGGUGCUGUGACGUCACCCUGCCCUGUGACAUCACCCAGAAGGCUGUGGGACCUCCCCCAAAACCCGAAAUCCCCACAAACUCACCCAAAGCUCUGGCGCUGGGCAGCGCAGCAGCUUUUAAUCAGAAAACCCCUAAAAAAAGUGUGUGUGUCCCCCCCCACCGCCCAUCGCCCCCCGCCCCCCACUUUUAAUGCUCUUUUAUGAAAAAUCCUCCUUUCAACUGAUAUAUAGAUAUAUAAAAAAAAUAAGAAGGGUCCCUCCCCCCCUUGCCGGGGCAGGGCUGGGGCUGGUUUGGGGGGUGAUAUUUAUGGGGAGACUCAGCCCCCCAAACCCAGGGAGCCCCUGCACCCAUUAAACACCCCCAUGACAAGUCCA